AUGAUGAACUCAAACCCACAAAAUAAGCUGCAGAAAGAUCGUAAUCAAAAGAUUCUUCUUGAACUCGCCAGUUUACCUGGAAAUAACAUAUGCGCUGAUUGUAAAACGAGAAUGCCACGAUGGGCAUCUCACAGUCUAGGAAUAUUUAUUUGCGUGAAUUGUGCAAGCAUUCACAGAAAGAUCGGGACACAUAUUACCAAAGUGAAGAGCUUGACGAUGGAUGAUUGGACGAAGGAUCAAAUUGAAUUCAUGAAGUCGAUGGGAAAUGUAAAGUCGAAUAGCAUUUACAACCCUAACGAGCUACGCCACCCACCGCCACCGAAUCUCGAAGAGACUGAGAGGGAUAGUGAGAUUGAGCAGUAUAUCCGAGCGAAGUAUGAGUACAGAAAAUUCAUUGACAAGUCCGCUUUGGUCGCUUCCAAACUUGGCCCUUCGCGAUCUGCUGCCAGUGUGGCACCCCGAUCUGUCUCGUCGCCUUUGUCAAGUUCCACACAGGCAUCUCCUCCAUCACAGCCAGCGCCACCUCCGAGCGCGCCUCCGCGACCGCUUGUCACAGCGACCGACGCGGCAGCGACAUCUUUGGCUCCACGUCUCGCUUCCGGUUCAAAUCAAGCCUCUGAAUACCCUGCCCCUACCUCGUACUAUGCGCAAAACCAAAGAUCCAUGUCGCAUCCUGUUCCGGUUACCCAAGCACAACAUCUACAACAGGCGCAACGACAGAAUACCAUAGGUGGAGUCAGUUCAAUAUGGGAUGAUCUCAAUUCCAUUGCUGGUCCGGUCCAAAAUUCGACUUUACCUUUACAGUAUCAAUCGAGCCCUAGUUUCUCCAGUGCACCGAAACCCCACGUAAAUGGUGCAAUAGGUGCACAAGGAUACCCAGUGGGCGUCACGUCGGCAGGAAUGGGCAUGAAUCCAUUCCAAAGCCAGCAGAUCGGCACGAACCCUUAUUCACAACAGCAAUCUCAAUCUCCGUUUGCCCCGGCUCAGAUGUCGUCGCCUUUUUCACAGACGACCACAGGAACAUCACCGGCUGCUCCGUCCUACGCUCAAUUCCAGGCUUCGAGUAACCCGAUGUUGAGUCAGUCGACGUCUGGCACUUUCAUGCAACCACAGGCACAGGCGACGCUGCAGAUACAAAGUCCUGUGGGACAGAGCUACCUAUCUGCGUCUCCCAGUCAGGGGUUCAUGACUCCAAGCGUCAGCCAGCCACAAUUUCUCUCACAUAGCCCCAGUCAACCAUUUUUGUCUCCCAGUCCAAGUCAGCAAUUCCUUUCCCAUAGCCCACAACCCCAAGUGCAGCAGCAGCCACCGACUCAAGGGCAGUUCGGGUAUCAGAGCCCCAUGUCGGCGUCGUCGGCUCAGUUUGGCGCGAUGGGCGCGUCGGACUCUGGCCAGAGUCAAUUUUUGGGAAUGACGACUAUGCAGAUGCAGCAGCAGCUUCUCUUGCAGCAGCAGCAACAACAACAAAUGCAGCAGCAGAUGCAACAGCAACAAAUGCAGCAGCAGAUGCAAACGCAGCAGCAGCAACAGCUUGCACAACAGGGCAUGUUUACGGCCAGUCAGCCGCAGAUGAUGUACGGCCAGAUGUUUCCUCAAAGUGGCAGCUAUUCUGCGGGGACCCAACAGCAAUGGGGAGCCAUGUGA